UGGAGCGCCGUUCCAUAAAUUUAUUGUGUUUAAAUAUUUAAAUUUCCGCCUGAAGUAAUAAAUCUAUGCAACCGGCAUGCUUGUGUGCUUGUAGAGAAGAAUGUGGGUGUAAAACGAGCGGUGUCUUUGUAUUCGCAAGAAUGAUUCUCCAGAGCCUUUUUUUACCCCAUAAGGAAAUAAAACCUUAAAAAUGUAAGAAAAAAUACACGCUAUUAUGAUUUUUGCAAUAGCCCCAAUAUCAGUAUUCAUUUGAUGACUUAAAAUAUCAAUAGAUGGAUCAUACAUAGAAAUAUGGCUGCUCUUUCAAAGUGGGUCCCGGUGGGGAUGGCCUCAGACCAGCCUCAGUUCAAUCAUCUAAAGCUCACCACCAUCGACAAAAUCGGUGGCAUCUACUGCCGCAUUUGUCACACAAAAUUUGGAAAUAAAAAGGAAUAUGACACACAUUACCUAAAACAUGAUACUGGUAGCAAAGAUAUUACGUACACAUGUGUUGUUUGUUAUAAAGACAUAGUUGGCUACCCCAGUUUUCGAGGACAUUGUUACACAAUUCAUGUCAUGAAAGAUAAAUUUAGAUGCACCCAUUGCAAUAAGCAGUUUUCAAAGCAAACAGCACUUGUCAGCCAUUAUGAAUCUUUGCAUCAGUUCAAAUGUUCAACAUGCCAUGUUAGAUUCCAAUCCCAAAAAGAUCUUGCCAUGCAUCAAAUUUGCCACAAGAAUGAGCAGUGUAACCCACCUUAUAACUGUCAAAUUUGUAACAAGCAGAUUGAGGAUACGAACGAUUGCGAGCAACACAUUGAAGACCAUUGCUCCAUCUCUUACUUCUGCCCGAUUUGCGACGAGGGCAUCAACGAAAUUCAAAACGCUACUAGUCACCUGGCUAAGCAUUUUGGCGAUGUACUUAUUGAAGACAAUGAGUCCAAUUCAGAUUCUGAGGGCCAAGAAUUUUCAAACGAUAGCUCCAUAGACAUCCUUGGCGGUAUAUUCUGUUCGAUCUGUAAAAAAACUUAUAAAGCCAGACCAGAUUUCGAUAAUCAUUUCAUGUUAGAACAUGACGAUAAAAAAAUUAUUUACGGCUGUAAUAUCUGUGCAAAAGAGUAUGACAAAUACUUUGUCUUUGCUAACCACUGCUAUAACCAUUAUACCAAAGACAAAUUCCAGUGCGAAGUGUGCUUCAAGAGCUUUCCCCGGCUGUCCCUGCUCGUGAUCCACAUGGAAGCCCAUUCCAGAACGCGCGACGGCGGCUUCCAGUGCCUGCAAUGCGGGCACGCGCUCCAGACUGCCAGAAGGCUCCGGGAUCAUUACAAGACCGAGCAUGACAUCUGUUACAGCCAGUGUCCGGAGGAAGGCUGCGGCAAAAUCUUCGCAACACCCAAAGAGCUGGUCCUCCACCGCAAGGAGCACGCUGGAGGCAACUGGUGCCAGCAGUGCGGCCUGCGGUUCGCGUCGCUGGCCGCCUGCCUCAAGCACGUGCCCGUGCACCGCAAGAAGCGCUACUCCUGCCCCGUGUGCAAGCGCUGCUAUGGGGAGAAGUACCUGCUCAUGAAGCACGUGACCCAGCACUUCUCGGCUGUGCUCCACGUGUGCAAGAUCUGCGGCAAGGUGUACUCGCACCGCCACCGCCUCAUGCAGCACAUGAAGGUGCACAACGAGGCCAAGGAGCACGCCUGCGCCAUCUGCGGCAAGGGCUUCGCCAAGCUCUACUUACUCAAGCAGCACCAGAACAUCCACUUCAACAGCAAGCCCUACAAGUGCUCCAACUGCCCCAAAACGUUCGCAAGCGUUCCGAACCUGAGAAAGCACAUGAAGAAAAUCCACAACGUCACGCAGAUCACGUUCAACCAUUACGAAAAGCCUGCAGAAACUAGCAACGAGAAGUUGGAUGUGAGCAAUCCGUCUAGUUCCGAAAUGUCUGUCGACGCCCCGACCAGUUUGGAGGAGUCGGACGAGUCGUGCGGCUGGCGCGCUGAUGACACCUUAGAUGAGCUGAUGACCCUGGAGGAGCUGGAUCCGCUGGAGACACGGGCGGAGGAGAUCAGCGAGAUCGAAGCCGACCUCUGGGUGCCGAGUCCGAUGAUGCCCACUGCCACCCCAGUGCCGCUCCCCGCCAGCGUGCCGUGCGAAUACGGCCCAGAACUGGUUCCUCUCGACGAGCACUGCCUACCGCACGCGCCGCCACAGCUGGUGACGCAGCCGCGUUGGCCGCCGGUCCUCACCAAACUGGCCGACUGCGCCUACGCCGACCUGGCCUACGCGGAUUUAGCAGAGGUGAUGAACGCCGAUAUCUAUUAAAUGUUUGUAAAAUUAACGGACCGUGUAGUGCUGUUUUAAUGGGGAUCCGCGCGAAAUUUGCAGCCAGGUGGCGCAUCCGAAUGUUAGCUGUCAAUCGCAUACGUUUUGUUGAUAUUGCCGAACGACUUCUUGAUUUUAUUCCAAUUCACUUCCUGUGUUCAAUACCAGUCAGUUUUAAUCGUAGUGAUCGUCUAUUCCCAAAAACUUGUGUUGAAAAAGAAGUGAGAAAUAAAUAUAAUUCAGUUAUGCCUCCAAGUUUGUAUUUUUGCACGUAAUCAAUAGUGUGAUAUGCCUGGACCGCUUUUGGCGCCAUCUGCAAUAAGCUUUGCGUAUGGUACCCCAUUAUGGCUUUGUACGGUUGGCACGUUUAGUCAGUAUCAAGUAAAAAUAAAAAAAUGAUGUCACAGUGUAUAAUAAAUUUAUUGAAUAGUGUACGAUCUACUUUAUUGUCAAUAAACACGUCAUAGAUUCCAAUACUAAUUUGAACCUUAUUAGUCUAUCAUAAGGACGAGGUGGUAAUUUUUGUUUCUUGCACUGACACUGUCUAAGCCAUGGACCUAUAAAAAAAGGCGGACGGAACUCGCGCUACAACAAAACUGUGACGCAAAAUUUUGGCGUUUGUCUAUUGUGUGAGUGAAUUUAGGGAUGCCAUGUUAGCCAAAACAUUUUACCCAUUUAUUUUAAGAAAAACAUAGAUCGGCAGAUGUUACUUGGAAAUGUAGACAGAAUUAUUCCGUGCCAUUUUAAAAGGAUGAAAGGUGAAUGCGAUGAGGUAGGCGCGAAAUUUUCAAUGUUCAAAUUUUCUUACAUUGUUUGCAAGUCAGUGUGUCAGGGUAUGUAGUUAUGUACAUAAUGUUGAUCAAAAAUGAUUCACGCAGUUACAAAUUACGAAUCUUGUGUACAUUAUAAUCAUAAUCUUAUGCAUCAUCAAUAUAUUAUUAUUAUCUCUGAUAGAUUUUUUUUAACAUACAACCUGACACUGACUUGAAAUCAAUGUAAGAAAAUUUGAAUUUUGCAGUUCCACAUUUUUGGGAAGGAUCAAAUUUGCCUAUGAAAAUAUAUCCCAUUAAAACACAAUUAUUAUGAUAAAUUAUUUUAUUUCCAUAGUAUGCGUAAUAAAUAACUAAAAAGUCCUAAAAUUAUUAUUAAUUUCCCAUAUUUCGGGUAAUUUUCCCACGUAAAUAACUGAGAACACUGGUCUUUGACGUAUUAUUUUUUCGAGUGAAUGACGUUUGAUUUAAAUUAAUUUCAAUAUUUUAAUGUCGGGAAAUAAGUGAUUGGAUUAUUAUUUUGCCUGUGAAAUGUGAUUGCUUAAUUUUUGUUUGUUCGAACAGAACGGUUUUUACACAAUUUCAUCACACAAGACAUGUCGUAUUCGUGUUGUUUUUUCGCUGCUUAAAUGUGUCAACUGUGUGAAGUUUGCACUCGAAGUGGUGUAACAGGGUGUGAAUGUGUGCGUGCCGGCCUGUACGUACAGGCAAGCUGGUGUAUCCUAAUGUCACAGUAUUUUGUUGAUGAGAAUCCGUCCGACUUUUUUUAUAGGUACUCGUAAUUUACUAAAAAAAAAAACAAAAUAACAAAAUGAGUAACACGAUUGUGUGAAACUCAUGCAAAAAAAAAAAUUGUUUCCAUAUUUAGAUAUUAAGCUUUUCGUUCAGUGUAAUCCAGAAAUAGAUUUAAGUGUAAAUGAAAAAAAUAUGUCUAUCUACACUACACGGUCCGUUCCCUAUUCACUGUUAACAUGAAAGUUAGAGAUAAAUAGUUAUAAUAGUAUUUGUAUAACGGCAGAGCGGUACCGAAUGGUCGAAAUCGCCUGCCGGCCACAAGUCUACCUCACGCAGUAACGACUAUAUACCUCAGUAAUCCAUAGGAGCUAUUUUGUAGUGUAACUGUUUAUACAUUAUUAACAUGUAUCCCACCAAACAUUAGAUGAGUAAUUAUAUUCAUAAUAUUGCUACCUCACUUUAGUUUCUUAAGUUUUUUUAUUAUAGUUUUUUUGCUUAUUAU